ACUUUGCCUUCACAGGCAGCUUCAUCAUCACUCUCUAAAAGUAGCUCCUCUCUUUCAUUCAAUCCCUACAGAAGAUAUUUAAGUUUUUUGCAAAAUGGGAGGAAGUGCAAUUGAUGACGAUUGGGAGUUUGCGGCUCCUUCGAGCGACGUUCGUACUGUAGUUUUGGUUGGAAGAACUGGUAAUGGCAAGAGUGCGACUGGCAAUAGCAUACUCGGCAAAAAAACAUUCAAUUCGAUGUCUAGCUCGGCUGGUGUCACAAGUACUUGUGAGAUGCAGAAGACUGUUCUAGAAGAUGGCAAGAUUCUUAAUGUGAUCGACACUCCUGGUUUGUUUGACUUUUCUGCCGAACCUGAAUUUAUCGGAAAGGAGAUUGUGAAAUGCAUAAAUAUGGCAAAAGAUGGCAUCCAUGCUGUUAUUGUGGUCCUAUCAGUUAGAUCUCGUUUUUCGCGAGAAGAGGAAGCUGCUAUUGAGAGCUUGCGUAAAUUCUUUGGUAGUAAAAUCAGUGACUAUAUGAUUCUGGUUUUUACUGGCGGUGAUGACUUGGAAGAAAAUGACGAGACUCUCGAUCAUUAUUUGGGUCGUGAUUGCCCUGAGCCUUUGAAGGAAACACUCGAAAUGUGUGGGAAUAGAUGUGUUUUGUUUGAUAACAGGACACGGGAUCAACUUAAGAAACGUGAACAACUGAAGGAACUACUUUCUCUGGUGAAUGACGUUGUAGAGAAUAAUGGUGGGAAACCAUAUAUAGACGAGGUCUUUAUCGAACUGAAGGAGGGAGCAGUGAAACUGCGUAAUCAAACUAUCGAAAUUAAUUCCUUGGAGGGAUAUUCGAGUGAGGAGAUAUCUAAAUUUAAGGAGGACUUUUAUAAAUCGUACGAAGAGCAGCUUAAGAGAAUAACUGAGAUGGUUGAAACGAAGCUGAGAGAGACGACUCAUAGGCUUGAGCAACAAUUGGCAGAGGAGCAGAAAGCUAGACUGAAGGCAGAGGUAUUUGCAAGAGAUGCUCAAAUGAAAUCGAACGAUGAAAUACGCCAGCUGAGGGAGCAUCUCGAGAGAGCUGAGAGAGAGACUGAGAAGCUUCGUAAGCAAGCUGAAAGUGGCAAAUGUGCUAUUUUGUAAUUAGUUACGCUUUCUUAUGUAUAGUGUUUUCGUUCGAACAAACCUUUCCUUUUUCGGACUCACCGUGUUGAAGUACUGCUUGUGGUUUUGUUGACUGUUGUUAACAAAUGCAUUAUGUUUAUGACAUUUUGCUUUUGGUUGAACC